AUGAAGUUCGCCCUAACAUUCCUCACUUUGGUAGCACUCAGCUAUUCAGCUCCUCAACCAAGGAAGCUGUUCCAUGAACAUUUUGAAGAUUUCAAGGAAGUCAUUAGUAAGGAAGUUGGUCAUGAGUUAAAAUACUUGGCAGACCACUACCUGGAGUUUGAAGAGUUCCGUGCUUCUCUUGACUAUAUUGGCUCCGACGACUUUAAGAAAUUGAUUUUCAAAAUGGAAGAAAUACCUGAAUUUAAAGCCGUAGUAGACUUUCUAGAAAGUAAUAACCUAGAUAUGCAAUACUUCCUUGACGCUUUUACCACUAACCUUGAAUACGUUCAAAGAGGAAAUCUUCGUCACGAGGUCAGUGGCCGUGAUAUGUCUUCUCUUAUCAGAGACUGCAUUAAUAUUUACCCCAAGGCUAAGCUAGCUGCUCUUUAUGAAGAGAAGUUGGCUGAAGAUGAUGAAUUCAGACGUGCCAUGGAAAGCUUCGAAACCGAGGAAUGGGAUAAACUGUACACCGCUCUCUGGGAGAACGAAACCUUCCUGAAGGAAGUCGAAACUCUUAAAGAAAAUGGAAUUGAAGUUUCGUUCCUCUGUGUAUUGGACUUACUUCCGGAUUUAUUGUUCCCAUUGCCAUACAAGAGUUACAAGAUGAAGGUCGCUAUCGCAUUCCUCGCUCUGGUUGCUGUCGCUUGUUCAGCUCCUCAACCAAGGGUUCUCUUCCAUGAACAUUUUGAAGAGUUCAGCCGGCUCAUUGGAGAUGAAGCUGGUGACGAUUUAAGCCACUUGGUAGAACAUUACUUGGAGUUCGAAGAGUUCCAAGCGUCUCUCGAUUACCUUGUUACCCCAAACUUCAGGAAUUUGGUUUACGAGAUGGAAGACUUACCCGAAUUUAAAGCUGUUGUGGAGUACCUCGAGACUCAUGACAUCGACAUUAAUUACUUCAUCAAUGCUAUCAACAAUUUUGUUGAUGAUGUUCAAAGAAGAACUCUCCGUCACGAGGUCAGCGGCCGUGAUAUGUCAUCUUUUAUCAAAGACUGCAUCGAUGCCUUCCCCAAGGCGAAAUUGACUGCUCUGUAUGAACAGAAAAUGGCUGAAGAUGAUCAAUUCAGAAACGCCAUGGAAAGCUUCGAAACCGAGGAAUGGGAUGAGUUGUACAGCGCUCUCUGGCAAAACGAGACAUUCCUGAAGGAAGUUGAAAUUUUAAAAGAAAAUGGAAUCGAUGUUGAGAUUGUCCUGCUUGAAGCUAAAGCCGUUCUAGGAAUUUACUAAGUAAAAGCAAGUUGAGAA